AUGGUCAAGAAAGGUAGAGAAUGCGUCACAAAGCCAACCAUGCAUCCAGAAAGAUCUGAGCUAAAGCCGCGUAAGGCUGUGUUACGCCCCAAUAGGGAGAAGGAAAGUGCCUUGGAAGCAAGAAAGGAGCAGACGCCGUGCGACAAAGAUGAUGAGCAGAUCAAUGAAUUAGAAGAUAAACAGAAGAUACGCGCAUUUCUCAAGGAGCGCAAAGCUCGUUUAAUAGAAAGGCAAGAGAAGAAGUUGGAAGACCCUGCAGCAACCCUACCCGAGGACCUCCCCAUCGUAAAGCAUAGGUCUCGCACCAAAGAGGGUUACUACAUAUAUACGCCGGAUGAGCUGAAGAUGGGGCUUCCUGGCAGUGGAAUGACAGAUAAGUGCCCCUUUGAUUGCGAUUGCUGCUUUUAA